AAGGCAUGGGAGGUACGCGUACAGCACAUUUGCUGCUUCUGUUAGCUGUUUUCGCUGCACAACACAGUCUCUGUCUUGUUAUCAAAAGAUGCAUUUUCACGGUAAAAGAUGAUAUCGUCGAUAAGGAAUUUAACGAUUCUGAUGAGGUCUGCUGUAAACAUGGAAUUCAUGACAAAUAUCAUCUAGGACAACGGAUUGAAUGUUGCGGAGAAGGAACAUACCGACCAUCUGUGGACAUCUGCUGUGGAGGAAAGGUGUACAAAGGGACGAUUAACCAAAGCCCAGUUCUUGAAAAAAGGUCAAAGGACGAAAAUGGUGGAAUUAAUUCUUUCACGAACGUGCCAAACCUAAUGUGUUGUGGAAAUGACACCUACUCACCUCUGACAGAAAUUUGCUGUGAAGGCGUUGUUAAAAGGGCGACUGGAAGAGUGACCAGCAUUCUCUGGGACUUCAUCUUCAGGAAUAUGAUGAAAUUCAAACGAAAAAAUAUUUCCUCGCCGUCGUAUAUUAAUGUUGCUCAGUUCAACAUUUGCAUGUACCUAGGAAAAACGCUUGAAUGAAAUACAUUUUAUCCAAAGAGCAAAUUAUGAAUUUUGAAGAAAUAAAAAAAACUUGAUUUAAACGAUAAAAUGUUACAUUUAUGACCUGCAAAUUGACGGCAGCAACCAUUGCAGAAAAAAAUACUGUAAUUUUAUUACAUUUUUAACAGUGAAAUACGGUAAUUCAUCCAUUGAAUAAAUGUGAUUUCCUGUCACAUUGUGACAAAUAUCAAAAAUGUGGGAAAACUCUUGAUUUUCUUUCCCUUCACUAAGAGUGUUGUGAAAAUACUCCUAAACUCCUUGUUAUGAGAUA